CUUUUAACAACUGAUUUGAUUUGAACUGUAUCCAUCUAUUCUGCCAACAAUGUCUUAGUCAUGGAAUUGUGAGUCAAAUAUAACCCAUUUUUAAAAACUCUUAUAAAGUUGGUUUUGAAGCAUAAACUGGGAAUUUGAUGUUUUUUUACUGAUAUUAUGAUUGUCUGUUUCAUAUCUGCAAAUGUCUGAAGUUUUUCUUGGUAAGCCCUUCUCAUGUGUGUGUCAGAUCUCUGCAGAUGUUUAACCUUGACUGAAUGAAAACCAUGAAUAUUUGAGACGUUAACUGAUAAUUUAUGACAAGAUAAACUGAUUACGCGCAACGCAACUACAAUGUAGGCGGCCUGGAACUCUGCCAUUCUCAAAUCAAGAAUCGCAGCAAUCAUUGGUCCGCUCAGACCAUGUGAUCUACAGUUGAUUUCCUACUCCGAGUCCUAGGAGGAUGAUGGAGUGUUUUUGCUGGAUAUUGAUUCUUCUGAGUUUGAGGUGGCUAUGAUUUGAUCGCUUUGAGUUCCAUUUCACCUCAAUUAAAUACGUUUUGGCGAAAGGACGACGAAAGACCAUGGCCCAGGCUACGCAGAUGAAUAUCCCCGAAAUCAACACUCCGAUAGCAGUAGAACAUGAUAAAAAGAAGCGACAGUUUACCAUACGACUAAAUGGCUCUCAUGACCGUGCGGUCCUCUUGUACGAGUAUGUUGGGAAGAAGACUGUGGACCUGCAGCAUACGGAGGUUCCAGAUGCCUACAGAGGGAGAGGCAUUGCCAAGCACCUGGCCAAGGCGGCCAUGGAUUUUGUAGUGGAAGAGGAUCUGAAGGCUCACCUGACCUGCUGGUACAUCCAGAAAUACGUCAAAGAGAAUCCCCAACCUCAAUACCUGGAGCACAUCCACCCCAUGUGA